AUGUCAGAUUAAGAGGAAGAGUCACCAAGACAAGACGAAUUCGGAUAAAGAAUAAUAAAGCUAAAGGAGCUAACUCCUCUUGAGAAGGAAUAUUUUGACAAGGCUCGUCAGCGUCACAAAGAAAACAUUUACAAAGAUUAAAUAGUACAAGGUAGGAAAUUUGAGGGAGUGGCUUUCAUUUCUAAACCUGCUGAGAUAAUUUUCAAAGAUUUUGAUGUAGGCAAGCCACACACCAUAAUAAUGUAACUUACCAAUGUUUCUUACACUUUCAAUUCAUUCAAAAUACUCCCACUUCCAGAAGCUGUUAGGGAUUUCUUUGAACUGAUAUACACUCCUCCAGGCAGAGUUUCGGCAGGCAUGUCAUGUCCGAUAACAGUUAGAUUUACUCCAUAAUUAAAUGAUGAUAUCGAUGUCUAAUUGUAAUGCUAAGCUGAGACUGGACCCUUCUAAAUUCAUAUUCUGUGCACAAGCAAAAAAGCAAUUGCAAAAGUAGAAUAACCUGUUAUUGAUUUUGGCAAAGUUAUCUUAGGAGAGGAUUCAACUCUCAUUCUCAAAAUUCAAAAUUUAGGUGCUCUUGAUACAGAUGUUUUCAUUAGAAGUGCAAAAGGCAUGGAUUUGUAAACAAUAGCUACUGAAUCAGUCUCUUAAAAAUCAAAUAGAGAUCGACCCUUUGAUGAAGAAGGCAUUCUACCCUACUUGAAAUAGCUUAAAUUCUAAAGACAACAUGUCCUAUAAGGAUAUUCCAUGCUUAAAAUACCAAUUCAAUAUAUUCCAGCAGAAGUUGGUCCAUUUUCAUUGCCUCUCACACUGUAUUACGAAAACUUCUUGCAUUCUCCCCCUUGUCAAAUUGAAAUUAGAGGCUAUUGCACUGAAGUACCCAUCUAUGUAGAAAAACAAAUUUAUAAUUUCCAAAUUUGUUUAUUCAACCAUAUUUACAGAGAGAAGAUUGUGUUCUUUAAUAGAAGUUAGAAUGCCAUGAAAAUUUAAAUUUAAACUCCCAAAGAGACUAAAGAUUUCUUCGAGUUUAAUCCAAAAUUGGGAUACAUAUAAGGAAAUUCUAAAUUUGAGAUUUGGGUCAAGUUUAAUGCAGAAAGACAAUUACAAACAAUAUGUCAAAGGUUUUUCAAGGAUAAUGUUAUAGAUGUUCCCUUUAAAUUGAUAGGAGCUGAUUAGAAAAUGCCUGUUCCCUUUAAUAUUGUUGCGUAGAUGACUAUGGCUACUCUUCAGAUUACACCUGCAAGACUAGAUUUUGGAAAACUGUUUGAUGGAUAAGGGGCAAAAAGAGCCAUCACAUUUGAGAAUUUAAGCGAUUUACCCUAAGAAUUGGCCAUCUACCCUUUACCGAAAGAGAUUUCAAUUACAACUGAUUUGGUGCCAUUGCGUUUACUUCCUAAAUAAAAAUUUACAACAGAUAUAAUAUAUAGAACUUAGAAGGUAAUUGGAAUUAGUGAUAGAUAAGAUGAAGGAAUUUUAAAAUGCAAAAUAGUUUCAGGUACUAUAUCAACAAAAGAAAUCAGAAUACCUUACACUUGUGAAAUCUCUAAAUGUCCUCUAGAAUUUUCAGGAAUUAAAUUUGAUAUUCCAGUCUAAUAAAUUGAUGAAAAGUAUUCAACCACCAUUGAUAUCAAAAAUAUAUCUUAAAGAGACAUUAUCAUUGAAUUCUUUUUACCAUUCUAUGAAUUAUGCGGUCUUAGAAUGGCUCCGAUGGUUCAAUAAAUUUAAAGGGAUUAAUUAAUAUAAGUACAUUUGGAAUAUGACUCUUUCUUUAAAAAAUUAGGAGCUUAUACUCUCUAAGAAUUGAAAGAAAAAUAUGAAAAUGAUCCAAAUAACAAUUUUGAAUUGAGAUUAAAAAUUAGAUAUGAAGAAGAGGAAAGAAAGAAAAGAGAAUAAGAGGAAUUGAAAAAAGAAGAGGAAAUGGCUGCUAAAGGUAAGGCUGCCAAAAAGGAAGUUAAAAAGGAUUAAAAAAAACCAGAGAAAUUAACAAAAGCUUAAUAGUAAUAACUUGAAGAAGAUGAAAGAAGACAAGCAGAAUUAGAAAAAUUAAAACAAGAAGAGGAAAGAAUUAAAAGAGAAGAAUUUGAAAAAUAGUUUGAUAGUGCUAAAGAAUUAAGAAAUCUUGGAGGAACUCUUGUUGAAUUCAACAAACCUGAAGAUUUAAAUUAUUCAUAACAUUAUUCUUGGUUGAUUCCAUGUUAUUUCAAAUACACUGAUAUGCCAGAUAAUGCAAAAUAAGUAAUAUACUUAUAAAUUUCUACUGUCACCAUUCAAAAGAGUUUGCUUUUGAGUAAAACCAUAAUAGAUUUUGGUGAAGUGGCAGUGGGAAUUAGACAAACAAAAGAGCUUACUGUUUUCAAUCAAACUCCAUUCAAGGCUGAAUUGAAAAUGCAGAUGUUGCCAAUCUCUUGUGGAUUUACAAUUUUAAAUGCUCUCAGAACAAUAGAACCUAGUAAUAAGAAAUCUUUAAUUGUGUAAUUUUAACCCACAGAAGAUCAACCAUUCGAGGAGACUUUAAAAUUAUAUUGUGAUCACGCAGCAGUUUCAGCGAAAUUAAAAGGAAUAGGUGUGAGACCAGAAGUAAAGGUGGUACCAGAAAAUGGAUUAAUAUCUGUUGGAGGAGUAGUAUUGGGAGAGUAUGCUGAAAGAACAUUUAAAAUAACGAAUGUUUCAAAUUUCCCAAUCAAAUUUUAAUUAAUAAGCAAGGCUAGGGGAGUUCAAAAUUCUUGUGGAACUGAAGUCUUUUAAUUUAUACCUUAAGAGGCAAUUGUCAAUGCUUAAUAAGAAAUUACUUGUAAGGUGAUUUUUAAACCUGAUCGAGUGUCUGAUAAAUUUUAUGAUCUAAUAUCUGUUCAUGUACCUAAUCAGAAAUCUGAGAAGAGAGUGUUCAUUUGGGGAUAUUGCUAUAAUCGUUAAGCUUAUGUAAAUAUUUAUUAGCCUUACAAUUUGAUUCCUUAAAUCAAUGAAAUUAACAAGAAAAUUGAAUUUCCCUUUGAUUAAUUGAAAUUAAAGGAUGAGGAAAAGGUCUACACCUACUUAAACAAUAAGAUUAUGCUUGAAUUUGAGAAAUUGAAAGAAGAAGAUAACUCUAGAAAAAUAGUGAUUGGUAGUUGCAAACUUCUAGAUCCAAAAAUGGAGAAACCUGUUAAUUAUGAAGUAAUACUAUCUAAAGAUGAAAAAUACUUUGUGUGUGAUAAUUAAAAAGGUGCCAUAUAACCAGGAAAUGAGGUUGUAAUAACAUUUACUUUCAAACCUCCUCAGCCAGAUUAAUUUAUUGCCUCUAUUGAAGCUCUAAAGAAGAUAGGACAAUGGAAAGAAACAAAAAUUGAAUUAAAAAUAUCAGGAGGAUUUUUGAAGCCAGGAGUUUAGGAUAACAUUAGCUAUGAAUUGAUUCUGAAAGCAUUUAUUAAUUAGAUUUGAUUUCUAUUAAACAAGUUCAUUUUAAAAUUAUAUAUAUAUUUGA